UUAGACCUAAUGGCAUAUACGGCAUUUGGUCACACUAAAAGCUCUUAUAGGGCAGAUGAUAAAAACAUUAAAAUUAUGGAAAAUAUUGUAGGAGAUAUUGAUAAAUCAGAGAUACCGCCUCUCAACCAAAAGCGCAUCCUGGCCUUUGUCAACCACUUUCUGGUCAGCACCUGCACCUUCCUCAACGAAUUCGCUUUGGGAUGCGAAACCAAGUUUGUGCAGAUGGAGAGGCAGCUCCAGAAAACCGAAGCAUCCCUCCUAAUUCUGGAGGCAAAGCUGGCCUCCAUACCCACCGAGCAAACUGCACAAGAAGGUGUACCCCCGGAGGAAGCACAAGCCAGUGAUCCGAAACCCCAAUCCACCGGAGAGGCUGAUCCCGAAGCGGAAAUUCCAUUCCCUUCGGAACCUGUUGGUGUGCGAGCUUGCGAGGAUGCGCGAUACAGAAAGUUCUUUAAGAUGCUGCAUGUAGGAGUGCCUGCGCCAGCUGUUAAAAUCAAAAUGCAAUCCGAAGGCCUGGAGCCCAGGAUACUAGAAACUCCCGACCUUAUCCUCGCUGACGGUAUCCUUGAGUAACCGACUGCCACAUUGUGAUAUAGCACUUGUUGCUACCUUUUUUUGUUUUUUG